AUGGCACUGAGGGAAUUCCUGCUCCUGGGAUUCUCGGAGGUCCGGGAGCGGCAGCUAGUCCACGCCGCGCUGUUGCUCCUGGCCUACCUGGUGGCCCUGAUGGCGGCCGCCUCCUGGUUCGGCGGGGGGCUGAAUGGAGUCAUCCACACCGCCAUGGCUUUCUCCCUCCCUUUUUGUGCCACCCACGCCAUCCGGCAAUUCUUUUGCGACACCCCUUCCCUCCUCCACAUCUCCUGUUCCAGAUGCUUCAUCUAUGAGCUCGCCAUUCUGGGCUUCAGCAUGUUCCUGGGCCUCUGCCGUUUCGUCGGCAUCAUCGUCUCGCUGUCCUCAGACCACAUGGCCAAUCACACAUUUGUGAUGGAAUUCCUCUUCCUGGGAUUCUCCGAGGCUGGAAGCUGCGAGAUGUCCUUCCUCACGACGAUGUGUUACGACCGCUACGAGGCCAUCUGCCACCCCCUGCGAUACAGCCUCAUCAUGGACCGAGGGUUCUUCUGCGACGCGCCCUCCUUGCUGAAGUUCUCCUGUUCAGAAACACACGUUGUCGUUGACGUCACCGUGGCCAUGGGCAAUGGCUUUGGUUUCGUCUCCUUCGAAUCUUCGCCCAUGCCAAGUACGUUUUCAGACUCCCCCCAGGCCCUGGACCUGCAGGUGUCCGUGUUUCACACCGUGCUGCCCCCCGCUGUGAACCCCCUCUUCUACAGCCUGAGGAACCGGGGCAUAAAAGCCGCCUUGAGGAAAAUCUGUGCCUGA